CACAGCCUCUCGAGUUUCCUCUCUCGGCUCGUCUCGUCUCUCUGACUUAUCUUCUUCAUUCUUUCUUCAACCACAGCUCUCCCUCCCUUAUUCUUCAUGGCUAGCGCAGGCUUCAUCUUUGGCAUCAUUGGCAACAUCAUUUCCUUCUUCGUUUUCACAUCCCCCAUAAAGACCUUUUGGGAGGUGGUGAAGAAUAAAUCGACAGAGGAUUAUGAAGCUUUUCCUUACAUAACAACGUUACUUGGGACAAGUUUGUGGACUUUCUAUGGAUGUCUGAAACCAGGUGGUUUGCUUGUGGUGACUGUGAAUGGUAUAGGUGCCAGUUUCCAGCUCGUCUAUGUCACUCUUUUUCUCAUCUACGCUCCCAAGAAGAGGAAGGUGAAGGCGGCGAAGCUGGUGGCGCUUUUGAAUGUUGGAUUUCUUGGAGCGGUGAUUGCAGUAACGCUUCUUGCCAUGCAUGGAAAACUACGGAUCACCUUUGUAGGACUUAUAUGUGUCGGAAUGGCCACUAUUGUCUAUGGUUCACCUCUAUCAGCCUUGAGAACAGUGAUAAAGACGAAAAGUGUGGAAUACAUGCCAUUUUUACUUUCGUUUUCUCUCUUUUUAAACGCUGGAAUUUGGCUGAUUUACGCUGCAGUGAUCAGAGACUAUUUUAUGAUGGUGCCCAGCUUACUAGGCGUUUUGUUGGGGAUAGUCCAGUUGUCUCUUUAUGCAAUGUACAGAAACAAUACAAAGUCAACCAAAUCAACGGAUGGGAUGAAGCAAGAUAAAGCCUUGGAGAACGUGGUCAAAACAGACUUGGAGAUGCAAGUAUGCAAUAAGGACGGUGGUGAUUGCAAGUCCAACCCUAAUUAAAUGGAAAAAAAGAAUCCUUCAAUGGACAUUAAUUAGUAAUUCCUGGAUCAUAAUGGAGCUAAGGCUUAGCCUGUAAUUGUUCCAUCUAUGUUUGUUUUCUCCCUCAUUGUUCUAAUAUUUUCUAUUUUGUCAAUAAAAUUAUUAUUAAUUACGAAA